ACUAAGUUGUUGAUUUCAUGAAGUUUGUAACGCCAUACAAUAUUUUUAUUACAUUUCAUAUUUAAUAUUAUACCCAAUUUUAAUUUAAUAACAAAUCAUGGCCAUGAGAAAUCCAAGACUACCGAUGUUACCCGGUUACGGUGCCAACCCCUUGAUUGGGAAAACCAAAUUUGGUGUUCGUCCCGUUUUCACAUCGAUCGACAAAGUCAACAUGUUAGUCGAUAAACCAACUGAAGAAAACAUCGUGCCCUCGCUGUACGCUCGGAAGCAAGCCCCGGAGUUACCUACCUGGAUCAUGUACGAUAAGAACAUACUGCGUUUCGAAGCGUAUUUCCAACAGACGCUGCAUGAGAUGCGAUCUGCCUCCAGCGUGUUGCGCAAGGUGAAUAUAUUCUUCUUCCUUGAAGAUGGUACGAUCAAGGUUAUGGAACCACGGACGGAUAAUAGCGGGAUGACGCAAGGAACAUUGAUAUGUAGACAACGAAUCCGACUUCCGCACAGCUACGACAUGUAUUUCGAUGUACUUGAUUUGAAUAUUGGAAGAGAGGUCACUUUUCACGGAAAAGUUUUUAAAAUAGUGAAUUGCGACAAUUUCACUAGAGUGUUCUUAAAUCGCCUUGGAAUCAAUGUACCAGAUCCUUUAAACUGGCCGGACGCUGUCGAAAGAACUCUACCAAAAGAAAAACCGCCCAAACAUAGACCGUUUCGCCAAUUCCUGGAUUUUGACAGACAAGUGUUAAGAUUUUACGGCUAUUGGGACGACCGCGGGUCAGAAUUUGGUACCAUUCAUACACUCGAGAUACAUUACUUCUUGUCUGACGACACAAUCGAGAUUAAAGAAACUAUUCCACCAAACUCCGGAAUGGAGGCAGGACCAAUGUUCCUGAAGAGAAUGCGCGUGCCCAGGAAGCUGCCAGAUCACGUGGAAAUGACGGGUGGUCCACUAUCGCCUUCAUACAGCCCAGCAGAUUUAAGCAUCGGAGCAGUCUUGAAUGUGUUUGGACGGAAUGUCGUACUAACGGAUUGUGAUCCUUUUACUAAGGAAUAUUAUCGCGUCACAUAUGGAUUCGAUACAUUUGUGCCCCUGCCGAUCCCGGGCGCGGAAUCGCACUGUGUGAGCACCAGCGUGGCGGAUCGUGAACUCCCACCAUGGAAUGGCUACGGCUCGUAUGAAGACUCUGCUGAGAAUUGUCGCACUGUUGAACCUAAGCCCCCGCAUGGAGAUUUCAUGAAGUUUAUUCACAAGGAUAAGGUUGGCUUCGAUUCGCAUGUUCUUCGCUUCGCUGCACGGCUUAUUACUGACAACCCUGAAGACGAAGGGCGAUAUUUCAUUGUAAAAUAUUUCUUAUGUGACGACACUAUAGGCAUAUUCGAACUAGGCGAAAGGAAUUCCGGAUUUAAGGGUGGUAAAUUCUUUCGACGUGACAAGAUGUAUCAUCCGGACGUGGACUUCUUCGUGCCGAAAGAGCCACCAUCGUACACCGACAAGGAUAUGUGGAUCGGCAACGAACUUGUGAUCCGCAAGCAUCGCUUUAGACUCUUUGCCGCCGAUGAGUACGCCUUGCGGUAUAUGGAGCUAAAUGCUAAAGAGUAUCCAAUGGCUAACGUACCACUGAUUAUGGACAAGAUUCGACGUACUUUGGCAGCCAAGGAAAACGGCUACAAGGACUUUGUUGCAAAAUACAUGGGCGCUGUAUUGCCAAAUAAUAAAAACCUAAUGACGACGCGUUGCUUCAAACAAGCACUGAAAGAAAUAAUGUGCGAAAAAAUGACAGAACAUGAAUUUAUAACAUUGAUCCGAUAUUUCCGUGGUGAUCCCGGGCAAGAGCCGAGCCCAAGAAAGGAAAUGAUCAGGUCUUUGGUAUUCACGGACCUGACGCGAGGCCUCUGGGACGAUCGGGCACGACUGCAGGAAGGCCUGCUACACGCCGACGAGGCCAAAUUGGGAGCAUUGCCCGUUCCACGCUUACGUCAGUUAUUACGCGCGCAUCGCCUGCCCAUCAACCCUGAACUCAUGGAAUGCAUGCUCGGAGUAUUGGAGAAAGACGACGCCUGCAAUAUUCGCUAUGACGACCUGAUGUCGUUCUUGGACUUCCAAACUCGACCUGUCUACAACCUCGCGGAGGGAGACUACCAGAAGGUUGUGCGACAUGCGCCCCCCGUUAAAUUUACAGAGUGCAAACAGUGGGCAGAUGUGGACACUAUAAUUAAGGAGGGCUACGUCAACUGGAGCGCAUUCCUCUGCCAACUGAACCUCGACCAUCUUGUUAAAGAUCCUCAGCCUUAAAAUAUUUCAUGUUACAACGAACUGCAUUCACUACGACUGAUGGCCAC